AUGUCAAGUCAUGAUCGCCCGCGCAGCAAUCAUCCUUCCAGCUCUCAUCGCGGUCGUGAUGACCGGCCUCCACAACAAUCAUCUCCCGGCGACCGCGUCAAGACUAAUUGUUUUCUGGUCAAAAGACUUCCCUCCAAGGUUUACCACCAGUACACAGAGAUCCAACCUCAAGUCAAAAUAUUUCUCAAACGACAGCAACUUGUACGCAAACUUGAAACCACAGUUGCCCCCGAUGUCUUUCCAUCUCCGCCUAUCUAUGAUGGCGAUAAACUUGUUUUCGUUUUUGAAGAGUUGAGGCUCCCAGGUGGUGUCUCGGGUGUGUUCAGUGUUCCACUGGGAAAUGGACCAGCAGGAACGUAUACCGUCAGGAUCAUGAAGACAGCCGGCCAACCCAUUAAUUUCGGGCACUUGCUGGGGCGAAUAUCCAACCGCCAAUAUCCUGCCGAAAUCGCGCGGACAACCAACUUGUUGCAGCUUCUCAUAAAACAGCUACCGAAUGAGAGCUCACCAAAUAAUGCUCGAGCUUACUUCACCUCUGAAGGACGACAGGUGAUCAACCGCCGCGGAGCUGGAUUCGAGUUGUGGCAAGGCUUUCAUCAGUCUGUGCGCCCUACGAUCGAUAAGCUCUUGGUCAAUGUCGACACAACUGUGACGGCGAUGUAUCAAUCAGGAUCCGCCGUCUCGGUGGCCAUGGCAUAUCUCGGUGUCAGCAAUGUCCGCGACCUUGCAUUGCACCAGGACGAUCGAGAUUUCCGGGCGCUUGAACGACACAUGAAAGGGCUGAAGAUCCUGGUUCAGAGUUUAGAGCCGUACCGUACAAAGACGAUUGCUGGCCUAGUGCCUAGUGCCGAUAUGUAUAAAUUUGACUGGAAAGGGAGGGAGGUUACAGUCAAAGACUAUUUUCAAUUGGCCCACAAUAUCACGCUCAAAUAUCGAGGAAUCAUUGGAGUCCGUCUUGCGACGCCCAAGACUGGGACUCAUAACGUCCAAAUUGUCCCGUUGGAGCGCUGUGAAAUCAAGGCGGGUCAGUUUUACAGACGGCCUAUUCCUGAUGAGUUCAGAGAUUCCGUUAUUUCGUUUGCGACGAAGCGGCCUCAGGAGAGGCUGAAUACGAUUCUUACGCAUCCAGAAGGGCCUCUGAUGAAUUACACGACAUCGCACUAUGUCCAACAGUCUGGGAUGAGCAUCAGUCAGGAGCCGUUUACGGUUCGGGGCAAUUUGUUGGAGCCACCGAAAAUUGUUACGUCUGAGAAUGCGACGGACCCCAGGAAAGGCGCGUGGAAGAUCAGCCGUUUUGAUAGACCUGCGAGUUUGGGAACGUGGGCGGCAGUGAGUCUCUGCCAAGGGCUGCACGAACAAGAGCUGGCGCAAAUCCUUCAGGGCUUCAAACGAUGUUGCAUCGAUCUAGGGAUGACAGUAGAGGAUCCAGGGAUGGUCUUGCAAGGAAAUAAUCAGAAUCCAGAAAAGGCGCUAGACCACGUUUAUAAUGAGGCCAAGAGGAGAAUGGACGAGGAUUCCUUCAGGAAGCUAUUUAUCGUCGUUGUUAUUCCAAGACGGUCGCUCCGCUCGAGGGUCAAAUUUUGGGCGGACGUUAGGAAAGGUGUCCGAACGCAAUGCCUGUUGGAGGAGAAGAUAAAGAGGGCGAAUGACAUGUAUUGGCGUAAUGUUGCAUUAAAAGUCAACGCUCGUUUGGGGGGAAGAAAUUUCCGCGUGUUUUCCAAUGUCAUGACGCAUUUCGGGGAAGGUCCGGCCAUAAUAAUGGGUGCAGAUGUUGGCCAUCCAGGUCCAGGCGUACAACGUCCGACAAUAGCAGGGCUUACUUACAGCGUUGAUCGUUAUGCAAAAUCCUAUCAUGCCAUCACACAGAUUCAAGACCCCCGACUUGAGACUCUUCGACACUUGGCUGAUAUGGCUGAAAAAGCGUUCAUUGACUUUUUACAGUUGAAUUCAAAAAGGGAUGGAACUUCUGCUGUACCAGAAAGAGUGUUUUUCUUUAGAGACGGAGUAUCAGAAGGGGAAUUUGCAAAGAUUGGGCUUUGGGAAAUUCAGGAACUUGUGAAGGGUUUCGAAGCGGCAUGGGGCAAAUACCUGGAGGUCUUGGAAAAGAGUCGUGUCAAGGUUAGAUUACCACUGAAACCCCCGGUGCCCAAGAUUACUUAUGUUGUUGUCGGGAAAAGGCACCACGUCGCUUUCUUUCCCGAGCGGGACAGCCCAGCAAAUGACGGAAAAACAGGAAAUUGCAAAGCAGGUUUUGUCGUAGACAUGGAACUCGCUAAUCCCCUAUCACCUAUCGGUGAUUUUUAUUUGCAAAGCCAUGAAGCAAUUCAAGGGACUUCACGUAGUAGCCACUACACAAUUGUUCAAGAUGACAAUGGGUUGGGUGUGCAAGGACUUGAGCAACUUGCGUUUUCGCUGUGCCACCUAUACACCAGAUCGACGCGCUCAGUGUCUAUCCCAGCUCCUGUAUAUUAUGCAGACCUCGUCUGUCGACGACUCGCGUGUCAUGUCCCGCCCGACACCGUGUUCGAUACCGUUUCAGAGGCUAGUGGACCAGAGACAGUACCGUUGGAAGCUUGGGCACAAGAGUUUCGUCCCAUUCAUGAGAACGUGCGAAGGUCAAUGUAUUUCUUGUAA